GCUGGGGACUGUCCUACACUGCUACACCAUGGCUGCCAUCAGGUGGUUGUGUGUUACUGCCGCCGCUGUGUUCCUAACCCUGUGUACCCCACGCUGUCAGGGUGCUGAGGACGACCGAGCGAUGGAGAUCCACACUAUGGACAUUGACUGUAAAAUCACAUCUCGCUUCGCUCGCACAUUUAUCACCACUAAAAUCCGGAACACGCGGAACUCCUCCCACGAGGCCGUGUUUUCUGUGGAGCUUCCGAAAACGGCCUUUAUCACCAACUUCAGCAUGACUGUGGAUGGUGUAACGACUGUCGGAGUGGUGAAAAAGAAAGCGGAGGCAGAUGAACAGUACAGAGGAGCGGUGUCCAGGGGUGAGAGUGCCGGUCUGGUCCAAUCUACUGGAAGGAAAAUGGAGCAUUUUAAAAUCUCGGUGAAUGUCGGGGCGCUGGCGACGGCCGUAUUUAAACUGACCUAUGAGGAGUUGCUGAAGCGCCACCACGGAAUUUACGAAUUGCAGCUGAAAGUUAGACCCCAGCAGCUGGUAGAAAACUUCCAGAUAACCGUCGACAUCACAGAACCGCAGGAAAUCAGUUUUGUAAAAGCCUUUGGAAAGUUCAUCACGAAUGAGUUGACGGAAACCGUUGACGUAAAUCACACGCACAACAAGGCGCAUAUUGUAUUCAGACCAACGGUAGAUCAGCAGCGCAAGUGUCAUGACUGCGUAGAGACGCUGCUGGACGGAGACUUUGUUGUAAAAUAUGAUGUUAAGAGACAGACUUCAGCUGGAAAUAUACAGAUUGUCAAUGGAUACUUCGUGCACUACUUUGCGCCGACCAGUCUUCAGAAGGUUCCCAAGAACGCGAUUUUUGUUAUUGACUGCAGUGGGUCUAUGAAGGGGCGCAAAAUGCAACAGACAUUUGAAGCCUUUACAAAAAUCCUGGAAGAUUUACCAGAGGAAGAUCAUGUUGGGAUUCUAAAAUUCAACGGCGAAGUUGUUAAAUGGAAGAAUAAUCUGGUUAAGGCUGUACCUGACAAUAUCAAGAGUGCCAAAGAGUUUGUAGCUCAGAUCAGCGCAAGAGGAAGUACUAAUAUAAAUUCAGCUUUAUUAUCUGCUGCGGAGAUGCUGAAAGUUGGGAGAGAUAAUAAGUUACUACCUGAAAUAAGUACUUCAAUUAUAAUAUUCCUAUCUGACGGAGACCCAACCGAAGGUGUCACUAACUUAGAAACAAUAAUGAGAAAUGUGAAACAAGAAGUGAACGGCCAGGCAACGUUAUAUAGUUUGGGAUUUGGCUCAGAUGUAGAUUAUAAUUUCCUGGAGAAAAUGUCCUUGGAGAAUGGAGGUUUGGCGAGACGUAUCUAUGAGGAUUCCAAGUCUGCGUUACAGCUGCAGAAUUUCUACAAAGAAGUUGCGUUCCCUGUGCUCCUGGACGUUUCCCUACAAUAUCCCGAUUUUUCUGUCAGCGCAUUAACCCAGAACAACUUCAGACAUUACUACCAGGGAUCAGAAAUAGUUGUCGCCGGAUAUUUGGAAAAUAACGACGUGGACAUUUUAACAGGGCAGGUCACCGCACAAGGUGUGUCAGAGCCGUUCUCCAUGGAAGUGGUGACUCACAUACACGAACAGGAACAUAUGGCUAAAGAGCAGAGUUACAUUUUCGGGGACUUCACAGAGAGACUGUGGGCUUACCUGACCAUAGAGCAGCUGCUGAGCAAACAGGUCUCGGCUGAGGGCGAGGAAAAGAACAAUAUCACAGAGGAAGCCCUGUCCCUGUGCUUGAAGUACAACUUUGUGACCCCUCUCACCUCGAUGGUUAUCACCUCCCCCGAGGACCGAGACGACAAGAAGAAAAUAGUGGCAAACAAACCAAAGGAAGAUGGCUCUCUAUUCCCAAUUAGGCCUUCCAAGAAACAGUCACAAUCAAGAUUACAAAGUUUCCCUGUUGAUGUCUCCACUGCAGCCUCGAGGGUAAGGAUUCCAGUGAUGACAUAUGGGCGCACAUCUCGGAGACGGAAACCGGGAGUUUCCUUAGAUCAUCCCUCACCUGCAAUUAAAUCGAUCAUUCUCAGACCAACAGACUGUAAAGACGCCCACGUGCUCAUCACCCCACAAUCUGUUCCUGAAAAGAUGUGCAUCCGAAUUAAUGAGAAACCAAAUACCAUUAUACAACUACUACACAGUUCUGACAAAGGUGUAACGCUUAAUGGCAGACUGGCCGCUGAUAACAGCAGUUUAGAUAAGCUUGGGAUCGUGCUGAAGAAAAAGAUGAUAUUGGUGGAGAUAACCACUGAAAACAUUACCGUGACCACCGGCCAGGAAUCAGAAGUCUACUCAUGGGCAUCACCAUUACCGGGAACACGGUUUAUGAAGAAAGAAGGUGAAAAAUUAACGGUAUCUCUGGACAGCAGAUUCCGGGCGAUAAUCUCAUUGGCCAGAAACCCAGAUCACUUGGCUCUACAUCUGGAGAAUAAGAGGCGAGAUCUGAAUUACACAGAGGGACUGCUCGGCCAGUUGAUAAGUGAUGAUAAAUUACGCAUAGAAACGGAUCAGAUCAUUGUUAAUGGGAAAACUCUUCCGGCUGAGAAAUCCAGCAUCUGUUACUUAGCGUCAGAUGGCGUAAAACAGCAAUUACCCUGCGUGAGCGUCGCUGUGAAAGCUGAUGAUUUCCCCGGUGGAAACAGUAUAAUUGUCUCAGAUAUAUUUUAUGUUCCGCAUAAGUAAUAAUGUAAUAAGGAAUACGUGUGUUACUCUGAUCAAGUAACAGCAAUUCAUAAGAAGCUGUAAUAAUACCUUUUGUGCUUACUUCUUGGUAAAGAUACAAUGACCUAAGAUGUGAAAUAAAUUGACUGCCAAUGAAUAUGUGACUAUGGAUCUGUAAUAAAAGAAUGGUCUUAUCUCGGUCCAGACCUA